CGUCAUGACGUCCUCCUUACGUCUCCAAACAUCCGGUCAUGGUUUCAAUGUAUCGGCGAGCUGAAAAACAUUGAAAUACCCCAAUGGAGACAGAAGCAUCCCAGUCAGAGGAAGGGUCCAAAACGGCUCCGGCAGCCCGAACUAAGAAGCCCACUAUGGAGAUCUAUGUGCCCAAAAAACGUCAGUCUGACAAAAUAGACCCCAAAGAUAAGCCUCAGACCGGAGACGACAAGAAAUCCAAACCCAGGCCUCGGUACACCGACAAGGCCCGCAAGAACAAGAAGGACAAAACCAAAGCGACCGAGACCCCGAACGGAGAGGUAAAACAGGAUGGGGGAGAUAAAGAAAACCUAAACAAGCAAGAUGAGUCCAUAGACACCACAGCCAGAACUAUGAAUGUACCAGACACAAGUAGUGCACAAGACCAUGAGGAGAUGCCUGAAGAAGAAGAAGAAGAGGAAGAGGAGGAUGAGGGAGAAAACUGGGAUUCUUUGUUUAAUGAUGAUGGUGACUGUCUCGACCCCAAUUUGAUGGAGGAGAUGUCUCUUGAGGAGGGCCGCAAGAAGGCGACCGCACAGGACCCGCGCUUCGACUACUAUAAUUGGUCGCCGGAAGAUGAUGAAGAGGUGGAGCUUCGGGACGACGAACUGUCACACAUCGUUGAGAUUUACGAGUUUCCGUCCGAGUUCAAGACGGAGGACCUGAUCAGAUCCUUCAGCUCGUUCCAGCAGAAGGGCUUCGACAUCAAGUGGAUCGACGACGCGCAUGUUCUGGGCUUGUUCUCCAGUCCGAUCGCAGCUCGUGAUGCUCUGAGGAUGAAGAACCCCAUGAUGAAGGUCAGGCCUCUCUCCAAAUCAUCAAACGCCACUAAAGCCAAGGCGCGCAGCUGCUCCGAUUACCUGCUGCCGGCUAAAGAGCGUCCUCAGACGAGUGCGGCUCUGGCCCGACGGCUGGUCAUCGGCGCUCUGGGCGUCAAGAGCAACCAGACCAAGGAGGACCGAGAGGCCGAGAGGAACAAACUACGGCAAGCCAAAGAGCAAAAGCGUUUGGCCGCUAAGCAGCGUGAAGACGCCUGGGAGGGCAACUGAAGACACAGGUGUUGGACCGCGCACGGGUUUGAGAGACGCUUCCGCUCUCAGUGGAUCAGGACUCCUGCCAAACGCACGGACUGAACCUGCACCUCAAGAACAGGGACGGUUCACCCACGCCAAGUGUGACGCUCACACGAACUUCAACAGGGAUCGUUUUAGAGAUUUCCUUCAGAUUUGUCCUGAACUGAGAACUUUUUUUCCCAUAGAUAUCUUUGCUUGUUUUCAGGUUUAGAACAAGCCAUUUUAAUGCUUUUCUUUUUGUUGACUUUAACUAACUAGAUCACAUCAAUGUGAAUUGGGUUUUCUUGUUUCGUUCUUUAAUUAAAUAAAGAGAUAUUAAGUCGAAACUAA